CUCCCAGCCAUAGAGGGACGGAUGCAUAAACACACACACAUUCACAGGCACGCUCGCAGCAACUCAUUUUGCCCAGAUCUGUGAAGAUGCUGCUCUUCUUCUUACUUUCACUCUUCCAUCUCAACCCAUCUCUGAGCCUAAAAAUCUGUUCCUUCAACGUGAGGUCUUUUGGAGAAGCUAAACUAGCCAAAGCUGAAGUCAUCGAUGCCGUGGUAAAGGUCGUCUCCCGCUGUGACAUCAUGUUGCUGAUGGAAAUAAAGGACAGCAAGAACCGUGUUUGUCCUCUCCUGGUGGAGAAGCUCACCAGUCAGCUGAAGGGGCCAAAGGAGGAGUACAGGUGCGUGGCCAGCAAGAGGCUGGGAAGGAACAGCUACAAGGAGCAGUAUGCCUUCAUCUACAGGCAAGACCAGGUGUCAGUGAAACAAACCUACCAGUACCCUGACACCCAGCCUGGCGAUGAGGAUGUCUUCUCCAGGGAGCCCUUCAUCAUCUGGUUGCAGUCUCCCAAAACUGCUGUCAGUGAGUUUGCUAUUAUCCCUCUGCACACCACCCCAGACACAGCAGUGCGGGAGAUUGAUGAGCUCUAUGAUGUGUAUUUAGAUGUCAAACAGCGCUGGAAAACUGAGAACUUCAUCUUCAUGGGAGACUUCAAUGCUGGGUGCAGCUAUGUUCCCCAAAAGCAGUGGAAGAACAUCCGUCUGAGGACUUACUCCGAAUUCCUCUGGCUAAUUGGUGACAAGAAUGACACAACCGUGAAGAACAGCACCAGAUGCCCGUAUGACAGGAUUGUGGUCAGCGGACAGAAGCUCAUCCAGGCUGUGGUGCCACACUCUGCCAAGGUCUUUGAUUUCCAGGAGGAAUUUCAGAUGACUGAGGAGCAGGCACUGGGAGUGAGUGACCAUUUCCCGGUAGAAUUUGAGUUAAAAGCCAAAGGUGGCUUUUUCAACUGGCUGAGAUCCAAGCUUUCAAGGAAGAGGAGACCAAAGAAGAGGCGCUCAUCGAGAUCAUGAGCAUGCUGAGUCCUCCUACCUGGCACAGAGAGACACAGAUGCCAAGAGAUCUUGCAGAAGUCUGGUGUAGAAAUGCUCACAGCAAGUGCACUAUGUCGCUGGUAAAAAAACCCAAAUAUUUUGUUGAAGUUCAAAUAUUUUGAAUGAGAAGGCAUAUUAAGCCUUCAUGCUGUUUUUUCUUUAUUGCAUAUAGAAAUAAAUCAGCUAGAAGCAGCACAUUGUGCUUACUGUACAAAUGUACUCACAUUUGUAAGGAGCUACUGCAGGGCUAAAAUAUUUCUGUGUGCUUUACCUGCCACACCUGAAGGGCAGGGAGCUCCACGUGUUCCCAUGGGCUCUGGAACUCUGCCAUUCCUCUGCAGGGGCAGAAGGAUUAAAAAGGACAUUUUGCAUCA